AAUUUUAGAGUGUUAAUUUAUUAAAACUAUUUUAAAUUUUGUUUUAAGAACUAAAUCCAUAAUAAUAAAAAAAUGGGUUUCGACUUCUCCCGAAGGCAGUGGUUGACAAUAGUUGUAAUAUCUAUUGCUGACUUCUGCAAUGCUAUCUGCGUUGCUCUACAGGCGCCAUUUUACCCACAAGAGGCAGAGAAGAAAGGAUGUACAGCCACAGAGUUUGGGCUAGUGUUCGGUGUGUUCGAGUUGGUCGUGUUUCUAGUCAGUCCUAUUUAUGGCGCCCACCUCAAUAAACUUGGUCCCAAGCUACUGUUUAAUGGAGGUAUCCUCACAACAGGCACUUGCGCCAUUUUAUUCGGAAUGCUGGAUAAAGUGGAAGGCCAUGUUCCCUUCAUCACUUUGAGCUUUAUCAUCCGAAUCAUAGAAGCCAUGGGGAAUGCUGCAUUCCUAACAGCCUCCUUCGCAAUCAUCGCCAAGGAGUUCCCUAACAAUGUGGCCACUAUGUUUGCUUCGCUAGAAACCUUCUUCGGUCUUGGUCUGAUCGUGGGUCCGACGUUGGGAGGUGCUCUUUACGACUUCGGAGGCUACAGCUUACCCUUUGCCGUAUUAGGAUCAGCUCUCUUCUGUGCUGCUGUCAUGAGUUGCUUGGUGCUGCCCAAGAGUCAUGAUGAUGAAGAUCUGAAGCCUAGUGGACCGUCAAUGAUAUCGCUUCUGAAGGUGCCUGGUGUGGUACUGUCUGCACUGAGUAUCAUGAUGACUAGUAUGAGCAUAGGAUUCCUACAGGCGACUCUUGAACCACAUCUCCGUCAAUUCCAGUUCUCAUCCAUGGUGUUAGGUCUAAUGUUCGUGAUCAAUGGUGGUGUGUAUGCCAUCUCUGCGCCAGGCUGGGGCUGGUUGUGUGACCACCCCGCUAUUAAGCAGAAGUACGUCAUCGCUGUAGGAUGUGCUUUUGUGUCUGCUGGGUUCCUCCUCAUUGGACCUGCACCGUUCUUUGAUAUGGAAACCCAAAUGUGGGCAGUGAUACUUGGUUUAACACUCCACGGCCUGGGCAUGGGCAGUCAGCUAGUCGCAUCGUUCUCUGAUGCACUCGGAACGGCUAUUGCAAGCGGGCUCCCCAACUCCAUUGAGACGUAUGGACUGGUGUCAGGCAUGUGGACCUCCACGUUCGCUCUGGGCGCGUUCAUCGGUCCCACGGUGUCAGGUCUGCUUUUUGACUCCAUCGGCUUCCGCAGCUCCACGCUCUUCGUAUUCAUUCUACACCUGAUUGUGAUGGUGUUGAUGCUAAUGUUCACCUGGACGUGUGACCGCUCAUCCAAGAUGGACGUUUCCGUAUCGGCUGGAGACUUACUGCAGAUUGACGGAACGCUUGACGAGAGUGUCCUCAUUGGAGACAAGUUCCUACCUCCUCCGAGGACUAAGAGAUGGGCGAGCCGAAGUCAGGUGGAAGAUCCCCUGGUUGAAAACAUGGUCAUCGGCGACAAUCUACAAGAUCAAAGGACUAGAAGUCUCUCUUGCAGUCGCCGCUGUGGUAUCAGCGUGGAACAGUCCCGUCCUCCAGCCAUGAACAGCCUGAUCGCUUGCUCCAGCUACAAGAACAGGAGGAGUCCCUGGAGCCAACGUACUCCAAGAUACAGGCCUACUUACGGCAGCCUCGACCAUAGAUACAGGGGGGCUUACAAUACAUAAGUCAAUUAAAAAGGUAAAAUGAAAUUAAUUAUGUACUAUUUUAUUAUUAUCUGUAUAUUUUGCGUUGUGAGUAAAAAUGGCUGCCCGUAAAAGUAUCCAAAAUUGUCGAUUUUAGUUUUUGUAAGGUUGAAAAUCCUGUUUACAAGAUCGGGAGACAGGCUAUUUAUGCAGCUAUUUACCAAAUACUAUCAUUAUUAUAUUCCUAUUUAAGUACAUUAUAAGAGAUAUUUGUGAAGUUUUACGUCUAAAUCUCAAUACGUCGUUAUUUUUAUUUAAUACCAAAUAUUCUUAAUUCAAAAUAAAUGUGGCAGAUAGAAUAAUUUUGAAAAUGUUUAGUGAAGAUAUGUAGCUAAGCAAGUAUUUCAUUGAUGUUUAUAAAUAUGUUAUUAUUUUAUUAUAGGAAAUAGUAUAAAUUAGUAUACAUAAUUAUAAUUUUAAUGAGUCUAGUUUAUGU